UUCCUUUUUGUUAUCUUUAUUUAAAAGUAACAAUUGACAAUUUAUUUACUACAAGAGCAAAUAGUUUAUAAAUAUUAUCGUAAAUUAAUUUAUAGUUUAUACAUUCAGUAUUAUUGAGAAACAACAAUACAAAUUAAUAUUAUUUUAUUUAGCGUAAUCAUUAAAAUAUGUUAUUGUUUGAAGAAAAUUUGAUUCCAUUGUUUACCCUCAACUGACAAAAUGAUGUCCAUGCCGACUAACAAUCUUAAAAUGGCUGUUGAAAUGGCAAGUCGAGUAGAAUCAGCUCUUGCAAAGCGUGUUGGGGAUCAGCCCGAAAUUCAAGGACCACCCCCUCAACAGUCGUCGCCACAGUUAAAAACUCAAUUUGAAAUCAACGAUUUAGCUGAUACAGACCGAAUACUUCUUACUAGCAAGUCUAUACAGAAUGAUAUUGAAGAAUUUUCUGGAACAGUAAUUGUUACUAGAGGACGUUAUUUAACUCCUAAGGAAAAAAAUCAAGCAUCUUCAGAACGGUCAUUACAUUUGUUGAUCAAAGGGCCAAAGAAACAAAAUUUAGACCUUGCAAUCCAGAAAAUUCAAUCGCUGAUUCAGCGUGACAAGGAUAUGUCAAAACAUCCAAAUUUGACAUCUGGUCCUUUAAUUAAUGGCGCUGGAAUAGAAAAAGUUUUAAUUGGAUUAGACCAUGCUCCACCAGCUUUUGAUCUACGAAAUAAAAUACUUGGUGUGAACGGCGCUAACCUUCAUUAUAUCAUGAAUGAAACAAAAGCUGUAGUAACCAUGCGAGGUAGAGGUUCGGGAUUCAUUGAAGCUAAUGGCCAAGAAUCAGUUGAACCCCUACAUCUUUGUGUUGAACAUGCUAAAAAUGAAGUAUUACAAAAUGGAAGACAAUUGGCUUUUAAUUUAAUUGAGACUAUUCAAAAUGAAUAUAGUGCCACUUAUGGUUCCAACCACGUUGCACCACCACCUAAUGUUGCCCAUCAAACUUCUACAGUACACAUUCAACAGCCAAUCCUUCAUCAGACUAUACAGACAAAUAAUGGGCAUAUGCAACAGAUAAAUCCAGCACAAUAUCAGACUGUUCAAGUAGCUGGUCAACCAGGUAUGAUGGCAUUGCAGGAUAGUUCACAAAUAGUUCAAUCUUCUAUUGCAAAUGUUCAAAUGCCCUUGUUUACCCAACAAGCUGUACCUCAAAUAAUGGCUGUACCCUCUCCUGUUAUUGGAGGUCAUCAGCAGCAACAACAAGCUCAAAAUCUCCAAGGGCCUACUCAUAUUGCUCAACAACAAACACCUAUUAUGCCUCAGAUACAAGCACAAGUAGUUAGCCCGCAGCAACAACAUCAAAUUCCGUUAUCAAUUACACCUGUCAGUUACUCUACUAUUCAACCUCAACAACAGCAUCAAAUUCAUCAACAGCAAUCUAAAAGUUUAGAAAACGUACAACACACACCUUCUGUGACUCAUACUACACCUACAUCUUUAGCUAAUGGUGUCAUUCCACAUACUCAAGCAUUUAUGACUCAAGCUGCACUUCCCAUACAAUACAUUCAAACAUCUAAUGGUCAAAUAAUAGCCUAUCAACCUCAAGUUCAGUCAAAUGCAUUUCAAAUGACUCAAAAUCCAAAUGUUGGUCAAGUCACACAAUUAAGUCAACCUACAAAUGCUGGGCUAAUUGGCACAACUUAUAUAUUGGGUAGUCAAAUGGCACAAUAUCAGCAGCCAACCGGCCAACCUGGUCAAGUAAUGAUUGUUCAGUACCAACAACCACCAGCUGAAAUUCAACAGCCCACAAUGCAGACUAUUCAUCUUCAACAUACUCAAUCUGGUCAACUUAUACCUGCUAAUAUUCCGAACGGACAAUUGGUUGUACAGCAAACACCUGGGCAACCCGCUCAAAUCCAAAUGAUGAUGCCUCAGUUAAACCAGUUUCAAAAUAUUCAACCACAAAUAAUACAAAAUUUGCCUAGCUUAUUACAAUCACAAGCAAACCAGGCUAGUACGCAACAAUUACUUCUUCAGCAACAAAGUAAAGCUUUUACUCAACAGACAGCGCAAGCUAAUGGAAAUCAAAUUUUGUCGUUACCGAUAUCUCACCAAAUUUUGCAAACACAAGGAAAUGGUAUUGUAACAAUGACUCUUCCACAACAGCAACAACAAACACUUAAAUCACAACAACAAAUAAUUCAAACACAAAUGUCAGACAAACAGCAGGUCAUCUACAAACAAGAUGAUGGUACACAUCAACCAAUUAUGAUUCAACAAGGACAACAACAGUCCAUUCAGUAUUAUCAACAAAGCAAUCAAUUUCAAUAUCAACCAGUAAAACGAUCUUACGAAAUGGUUGUGUCAGAAGGUGGUGGUAUGUCAGGAACAAAAAUUAUACGGACUGGACCAUCUACUGGUAAUGAUGGUAGUGAUGACAACCAAGUGCGCCAUGUGACCAUAAAUGGUAUAGUACAAUCUUCAAGUACGGGCAGACUUACACCACAGACUAACUUUCAACAACAUUCUACAAUAAAUGCUACAAAUAUUUCAGGUGAUAUAAUGCGUUCAAAAGACUGCACCAACAUGAACUCGAAGGAUGAUAUGAAUAAACAAGUUGAUCGCAACAAACAACAGCAACGGUAUCAGUUUUAUCCUGGUAGAGGAUAUGAGCCAGAUCAGCGAUCUGGAACCCCAGUAUCGGAGAACAAUCGACCACCAUCAGUAACGUUCACAGUACUACCAGAUCCAAUGAGAAAUCAGACAUUCACGCCUGCUCAAGCAUCUGAAUUACAACAACAGCAGCAGCAACAACAACAGCAGCAGCAACAACAACAACAACAACAACAUCAACAGCAACAGCAACCCCCACAAGCAACAAUUACUUAUCAGUCACAACAACAAAUUCCUUCGUAUUGGAUACAGCAGAGUAGUAGUCCGCAAGAAAAUACCAUUACUGGUACACCACCUCCUAAAGAAGGCACUUUACAUUAUGUUGAUUAAUAUCCUAUUAUUUAUUUUUGGACUAAAAUGGAAAGACUACAUUUUUUAUAAAUUUUAUUUUAAUUUAAAAUAUUUCUUAAGUCUAUUUUUAAAAAUA